GCAGCCCCACCACAGCUUAAGUAGUAUCACUGAGCUCGGAAGUGGGUAAUACCCUGCUGAACCAAGUGAUCAGGACCCUAUGAAACGGAGAAGCUGUCACAGAGAUGGCUUCUUUCCAAGUCCUCCUGCUUUUGGCUCUAAUUUCUGAGUUUACAGCUCUGCAGCAGGAUGUGCAGGUGAAGCUUGGAGAGGACGUCACUCUUCAGUGUCAGAUCUCCAAAAAUGAAACCAUCUCAGUGCUGAAAUGGAGCAGACCUGACCUGAACACAGACGGCUACGUCUACUUCUACAGGAACAGACGCUCCUAUAAAAACUACCAGCAUCCAUCUUUCCAUGGCCGAGUGAAGUUGAGGAACCCGGAGAUGAAGGAGGGAGAUGUUUCUCUGAUCCUGGAGAACGUCACGUUUAAUGACGCUGGGAUUUAUGAGUGUCACAUAGCAGUGAGGAACUCUGGGAGUAGUAAGAGAGCUCACACUGAGAUCAGCCACUUCAUCAACCUCACAGUCACAGAUGAAACACAUGAACAUGUGUUGGAGAAACAAGUCAUGGAAAAAGAAGCUGCAGAUGAAAACAUGCAUGAUGCUGAAAAGGCUGGAGCUGCAACUCUUCAGAUCGUUGUUCCUGUUGUUGCUGUUGUUGCCAUCAUUGCUGCUGUGCUGCACUGGAGAAGUAGUCGAAAUAAGAAUCAACAUCCAGAUAAUCCUCCUAACGAGGAACAAAGUCUGAAAUGUGACGAUGCUGUUCUAGAAAUGUGACGGCUUUCUCUAUGAAAAAUAAAUCAACAACAUAUUACUGUUACUGGCACUUAUUCUCGCUCUGUUAUUUAUUGUAGACUGUGCUGUAUUCUUGCUGUUGUAACACAAUAUCCUAUAAAUGGGAUCAGUGAAGUAUCUAUCUAGCAUCAUGAUGCAUUUGGACUCUUUCCUUUUC